AUGGAAUUAAGAGUAGGAGGAAAGUAUAAGUUCACGAAGAAAUUAGGCAAUGGAGCCUUUGGAGAUAUCUAUUCUGGAGUUAAUAUUAAGACAAAUGAGGAUGUAGCUAUAAAACUGUUGCAAUAUGAAGCUAAACUAUAUAAAGUUUUCGAAGGUGGAGGUAAAAUUUUCAUUUAAAUUCUUCUAGUUGGACUAUCUACUGUUCAUUACUUUGGAGUUGAGGGAGAUUAUAAUGUAAUGGUGAUGGAUAUCUUAGGUCCAAGUCUUGAGAACUUGUUUUAAUUUUGUGAAAGAUAGUUCUCUUAUAAGACUAUAAUGAUGAUGCUAAUUCAGUGCAUUGAAAGAGUCGAAUUCCUACAUUCAAGAGAUUUUAUCCACAGAGAUAUCAAACCUGAAAAUUUCCUGAUUGGAGUUGGAAAGAAAGCACAUUUAGUGUAUACUAUUGAUUUCGGAUUAGCAAAGAGAUAUAAGGAUCCGAAAACAGGUUCUCACAUUGUAUUUAAAGAAGGAAAAGGUCAAACUGGAACUGCCAGAUAUGCUAGCUUAAAUAUGCAUUUGGGAUAUGAGCUCUCUCGAAGGGAUGAUUUAGAAGCAGUUGGAUACAUGAUAGCAUAUUUUGUUAGAAAAGGGAAUUUACCUUGGAUGGGAUUAAAAGCUAAGACUAAAAAAGAUAAGAAUGAUGUUAUAACAAACUCCAAGGCAUUAACUACAUUCGAGGAGUUAUUUGAAGGUCAUCCUGUGGAACUUAUGAAGUAUAUGAAGUAUUCUAGGGCACUUGCAUUUGAUUAGAAACCUGACUACUCUUACUUGAAGAAAAUGCUUGAAGGCUACUUAUAAAAAAAUGGAUACGAUGAUGAUUAAAACUUUGAUUGGGUCUUAAGAAGACAGUAAAAAGUCAGAGAUUUAAAUCCCUAAUUAGCUAUUCAAGAGGAGGAAUAAAAAUUGGAAUCAGGUAGAAAUGGAAGUAAAUCUCCAACUAAAAGAUAGGGCUCUUAAGGCCUUUCUACAGGGAGUUUAGCGACUCUUUAAAAGAAAAAUAAUAUUUAGAACGGAGGUCGUAAUUAGAGUGUUCCAGGAAGAAAUCCUAGAGGUCUUGAUGGGUAAAUUAAAUCAAAGCCUACGAUGAGUUAGGCAACUAAUCCAAAUCUUAAUGAAAAAGAUGUUAUCAGCCCUAAAAAAGAAGGAAUCUCUCUCGAUGGAAAGGAUAAAACUCCCAAAGAACCAGAAACUGAGAAGUAAUAAAGAGAUAAAAAAAGGAAAGAAUAACUUAGUGAUAUUCUUGUAAAAGAAGAUCAAACAGCUAUUAAAUCUAAGAAAAAAGGUAAAGAGGAAAGUAAAUCGAAAAAGAAAAAGAAAUAAAAGGAUGAUGAAUCACCAAAGAAAAAAGGUAAUAUUUAGGAUUAAAUUAAGCAAUAAAAAUGA